UGACUCAACCUCUCCUGGUACCCUCGGUACGGCGGCCCACGCGCUGGGGUGUCGUUCUCGACCAGCAGCCAGGCCCGGACGAUCGUCGGCUCGAGUUGCUCUAGAUACUGCGAAUGAAUUCGGGUGAUAAAAAGCUUGCAGGCCCGUUGCAGCGGCGCGUAGAGCCCUUCCUCGGGCGACAGGCGGGUUUCGCCAAGCUGAUAGACGACGACAAGGUCGAGAUCGGCGACGAUCUCGUGUCAGUGGCUGAUGAACUGAAAGAGAUUGAGGGAGCGCGCGUGGACGACGUUGCCGUUCGUCUCGAGCCGCUCAGCGCGCGGCGCGGCUCCAUCUUGAGCACCAUCACCAUCACGCCCCGCGUGCAGUCGACAGGAUUGGCGUCCGUAACCUGGAACGGGGUCGAGGCGGUACCGCCGGGGAUGGUAAAGAGACGCUGGAGCCGGACGCGAAGGGUAAAGGUGUUCAGGCGGUCGUCGUGGUCCACCGUCUCCUGGCAAUGUUCCUCGGUGAGGUGGCGGCGCGUGGCCGUCUCCGACGCGUACGGUCGGGUACAUGGACCGCUCGCCGGCGCGUCCAGCUUGAGGUACGCAUGGAAGCGGCACUUCCAGCCGUCCUAACCGCCGAAUCCCGCACCAACGCCCCGUUGGCGCCCCCACGCGUCCCUCCCCAACCGCUUUUCCCGUUCUAAGCAUGCACCAAUGCGUUCGAUCGCCACAACAACGCGGCAAUCUGGCUCCCCUCGCCCUUCUUCGCCAGCCCUCCAAAGCGCGGGCCCGGUCGAGAAGGAGGCGAGGGAGGAAUCGUCGAUCGCCGCCGUCGUCAACGACGUCCCGCUCGCCGCCAUGGCCAGGGU